AUGGCAGAGUGUCUAGUCUUUCAAGUCAUCCUCCUCCGCGAGGGCCUCGCCAUCUUCACCCAGUACGAGCCCAUCGGCAGCGGCGGCGGCGGCGGCGGCUCCAUGUUUCUCUUUGCCGGGACGGGCCAGGAGCCGCGCUGCGCCGUCGGCGACGUCGCCACGAGCCUGAUGCGACACCCAAAGUACGCCGGGUGCAAGCUGCUCGGCUCGAUGCGCAGGGACCGGGUCGACGAGGCGUGGGCGCUGUGCCGCGCGUACGUCGAGGACGAGAGGCACAAGCACGCGUGCGUCACGGACUGGUGCGUGGCGGCGGCCGCGAUGCUCGCGGAGCGGAGGGUCGUCGUGGCCAAGAAGUGGUGGCUUCUGCCUCAGAAGACGCCGCGCGGAAAGCUCCUAGACCGCACGUCGAGGGAUGUGCUGUGA